AGAAAAAUAUGCAUAACAAAUCAAUCAUUUCAUCACUAUUAAUAAAUGGAUAGUAAUUAUAUAUUUUUUUAAUUAUCAUUCCCAUAAAUAAUUACUAUUUCUUCUUCCUUCAAAAUUCAGAAAUAGUGAUGAAUUCCCAAGAGUGCAAGUGAGAUCUACAGUUAAUUAUCAUCAAUGGAGGGCUAUGUUUGGGCAAUCGCCGCUGGAUUCAACGCUGCUCUUGCUGCCAUCUCUGCCAAGUUCUUCGCCUCUCAGCUCAUCAAAUAUGGUUGUGUCAUAUUAUUCAAUGUCACAAUGUGGGGAUGCUAUGUCAAUAGCCUUAAAGCUCUAUCAUCUCUACAAGCUACUGUGACUAACUUCGCAACCAACUUUUUAUCAUCUGGAGUGGCUGGAUUUUUGCUUUUUCAGGAGCCACUACCAAUCCAGUGGUUUGCAGGCGCUUCACUUAUUGUGCUUGGAGUUAUCGUUUUGAGCAAGUCAAGCAUAGAGAAGAAAACUCAUACCAGUUAGAUAGAGCCUUUCCGGAUUUAACUUCCAUUUCUGCAAAUCAGUUUACUGACUGUUUAGCUUUGAAGAAGGUGUCAGCCGAUCAUCAGAUGUAGAUUUUCUUGGCCUGAACACAAACUACUAUGAAAUUUAUGUCUCUAAAUCAGCUUAUAUUGCAUUAUUGUGGCUAUGUUGAUAAUUGUUGCUCUUGUAAUAUUGCGAUAUUGGGACUUGUUCACUACUUGUUUUGUGGUCAGACAACUUUUAAAUGAUCCAGUAGUCCUGCAAAUUGAAACAGCCUCCCUACCUCUCACGGAGGUAUGGCUAAGGUCUGCUUACAUACUUUCUUCGGAUUUCACUAGUGAAAUUACAUUGAAUAUGGUGUUCUUAA